CUGAAGAAAAUCACCACCCUCCUCCUCCCCUCCCCUUCCAAGCACCCAAACCAGUCCACCAGAAAGCUUCGGCGCGCACGUCCAUGGAGGAGCUCACCUCGCUUCCAACCGCAGUCCACACCACCACCUGAAUUCUAGACUAGAUUGCCCUUGCCCCAGUUCCUUGACCCCAUCCUCUUCCGCCCCCUCCUCCAUCCUCGGGCUCCAGCCAAGUAAGCGCGCAGCAGGAUCGUCGGAGGAGGGCGGGGGCCAUGGCGUCUUGCUCCCACACUUGGCUCCUCACAGGCAUGGCGCCGCGGGCGGCCGCCUCCACCGCGCAGGCGAUUCCUCGGCCCCUCGAGUCCUCGAAGGUGUUUGCUGGAUUGCCUCACCGAGGGAGGGUGCUGUUUUCUGGCCUAUCGAGCAGAGCGCGAAGAGGCAGGAUCAGGAGCGUCAAGGACGACUCGCUCCAUUUUGAUCAGUCUAAGAUCGAGGCGCCGCCGUACUCCAGUUACUUCGACUCCACGUCGGGCCAGCUCGAGCCGGCGUCGGGUGCGCGGGCAAGCAUACCUGGGCAGGAGUACUGGCCCGAGGGAACUGCAGCCCGCGCGCGCGCUGCCCGCGCACCUGCACCAAUGGGGGAAUCAACUGGGACACCGUCGUUUGGUAAGAAGCCAGGGAGUAGAAGGAAAGGGUAUAAGGAGCAGGUAGCAUCAGCAACGGCAGGGGGAGGCGCAGAGACCAGUGGAGAUGAGGGAGAGUCAGCUGUGGCCAUUGAGUCCUCAUCAGAUGAAGCACUGGAGGAGACAAAGGAUUCAUUGGAUGAAUAUGUCGUUUAUGAGAUGCCAAAGGAAGAAAAUUUGAGUGAAUAUGAGAUGGACAAGAUGAUGGGGCGGCCACACCCAUUUGUUGACCCGGAAAAGGCAAUGUCGCUAGGGGAAGCGAAAUCUAGUGAAGAGCUCUGGUGGCAUUGGAGGAGGAAGUCUGAGGAAAAUGAAAUGUGGUCAAGAUGGCAGAGGAGGCGCCCUGAUGUUGACACGGUCUUUGCAAAAGCAAUGGCAGAAACUGGGCAGAUUAAAAUAUUUGGGGACCACCCUUCCAGAACAGAAGCUGCUCUUGCCAAGACAAGAAGACAUUUAUUCAAAGAGGAGAGGUUAGAAGCAGAGCGAAGGAGACUUGAAGAAAUGGGGCCAAUAGCAUACUAUUCAGAAUGGGUUGAAGCAUAUAAAAACAAAGACACUUCACGGGAAGCCGUACAGAAGCACUUUGAGGAGACUGGUGAAGAUGAGAAUACUCAACUUAUAACAAUGUUUCAACAUCAAACCGCUGGGGAAUUUCGCAUCAUGAUGGGCACUGAUGUUCGUAUACAACGAGAUCCUUUGGCAAUGAGGAUGAGGGAAGACCAGAUCAAACAGAUUUGGGGUGGUGAUCCUGUUUACCCAACUGUGAACUACGUUCAUGAUCCUGAUGAAGUAGCAGACUACAGAGGUCCAGAAUUUCAUGAGCCUACCCCUGAAGUUGUACCUUACUUGAUGGAGCAUGGUAUAAUGAUCACAAAGGAAGAGCUAUAUGCACGUUUAAAUGAAGAGAUGGAAGAUAUCAAUCAAGACAUUACGUAUCUUCCUGAAGUCAGAGAUCCCAUGGCUACUGCUGUUGAUAUUGGAGAGCAUUCUUACAAUGAAGAUAGCGAUGAGGAGGAGGAUGAUGCUGACAAAGCUGUUGCACAGCCUGAGUCACUAGAGGAUGAUGACGAUGACGGGGAUGAUGGUGAGGAAGCUGAAGGGAAGGACAGUCGUAACUGGAGUGUUCAAAAGACUACUGGACAGGCUCAAAAGCCAAAGGAAAAGUUGAAGAAAGAUCAAAUGUCGCUAAAAGAAGCUAUUGAUGAUUCUGAGAACUUGACUGAUUUUCUUAUGGACUUCGAAGAAGAUGAGUAAUAUCUGGGCAUUAACCCUACUAUUUUGCACUUGACACAUGGGAACUUACUUCUGGAGGUCCAUAGCCGCUAGGCGCAAUGAAGACAACUGGAUGCCCACAAAACUCCACCUGUUCAACUGGGCCAAUCAUGUUGGAGAAUGAUAUGGUAGUAUGGGAGAUCAUACGAUGGAAGAUAGCAGCAGCUGCCUGUUUGAUUCACAAGUUGCAAUGCUAUUAGUAACAAAGAAAUCCACUGGGGAUGUGUUGGCGCAUGGCUCAAAAUUUGACAGUGCAAUGCUCUAUCUAGCAAAAAGAAAGUUGACCACUGCCAACAACCGGGACUGUGCUCAAUGUCUAUUGGAUAUCACAAUCUUGUACAUCUGAUCACGGUGCAUUUUCUUUGUAGCUACUGUAUGUUAGUUUGGUUAGACAGCAAAUACUGAGUCAGUUAUUCAAUUAUACUUGAGUAUCCUGAAUUCUGCAGUGUCUUGUCAACUAAAAGUGAGGCGAUGGUACAGUAAUAAAGUCUAAAGAGGACAAACUUACCUUGAGUCCAAAAAGUUUUAGGAUA